GGCAGUGUUUGUUUUCAAGGAUGUGGCCUGUGUCGUCCCCUUCCUGGUUCGGCUUCUCCUCCCAAAGCGGCUUCUUGGGAAACUUGUGCCUUUUGCUUUUCUGUCUUGGAGGUUUUGGAAGAAAAGGAGAAACACCUGAGGCGGAGUUCUUGGAUUUAAAGGGAAGAAACUGGAGGGAGGAAGUUAUCCAGAUAAAAAUCUCCACGUGGAUGUUUAGACGGCUGCAGUAUACUCUAGCAUUCCUCACCAUUUAAGGUUACUAUCCAAGGAUGGAAAUGGAGACCCGAGAAGAUGUUACAAGUCUUAUACAAGGGCAGUUGUCACAGGAAGUGAGAGGGAGUUGUCAUUUUGGGAUGACAGAGGGAUUCCUGCCAAGGAGACCAAUGGAGGUGAAACAGGAGCCUGACAAAGACUCGCUUCAGCAGUGGGAAACCCAAUGGCAGGAGUUCCUGAAGAGCCUGGAAGGCCCUCACCCAAACUGGGGCACCUCUCAGUCGAGGGAGGAGCCGUGGGACGACGCCAAAGCCUUCCUGACCUCCUUUGAGCAAGUGGCUCAAGCCUGCCGGUGGCCCAAGGAAGAGUGGGUGCCCCGGCUUCUGCCAGCAUUGAGCGGAGAGGCCAAGCGGGCCUUCACCAGCCUGGAGGCCGAAGACAGAGAGGAUUAUGGGAAAGUAAAGGCUGCAAUCUUGCACAGGAACAGCAUGCAGCGGGAAGAGCAGAGGCAAUGUUUCCAGCCUUCAGCUGAAAGACAUUCGAAGAAGCAGAUUCUGGAGCUGCUUGUCUUGGAGCAAUUUUUGGCCGUCCUGCCUCCAGAGAUAGAAGCCUGGGUCAAGGAAUGUGGUCCAGAGACCUGCUCCCAGGCGGUGGCCUUAGCGGAGGACUUUCUUCAGAGGCAGCGAGAGGCCAGGAGGCAGGCAAACCAGGUGCUGUUAGAAGAGGAGGAGAAUGAAGGUGGCCAAACCAUGCAUGAGAUUGAGCAGAAGAAGCUUAUUGUGGAGAUCAAACAGGAAGAUGACGGCGGGGAUGCUGGACUCUUGGCAGGUGAUGAAUGGAAAGGUGAGAAUAAGGGGCAACUAGGUGAUGAUUCCUCAGAAAGAACAGAGUGUGAAGCAUUGAAGCAGCAUAUGUGGAGCCAAGUUGGCCUAGCGAGUCAAUAUGGAAGCCUCUUGGAAGCCAAAUCCUUCCCAUUUCAGGAGGGAGGUUUUCAGACAAUCUCAGUACAACAGGAAAGUGAGAAAGAAAAAAAGAGAAUUGCUUUUCCCUGUGAGAACGAAACAGAUGUAAUGUUUGCAAAAACUUUCCAUCAGAGUGGAAACCUCACUGAAUGCGAAACGCUUUAUGAAGGGAUGAGUUCCAACAUAUACCUGAAUCAAAGUAUUUCUGCAGAUGAGAGACAGUAUAUGAAUUUGGAUAUCAGUAAGAUGAAGCUUUCAAGGAUCCAAAAGGAGAAGGUUUAUAAAUGUUUGGAGUGUGGGAAAUGCUUUGGUUGUAAGACCCACCUCUCGACACACCAGGUAAUCCACACUGGGGAGAAGCCGUAUCAGUGUUUGGAGUGUGGGAAAUGCUUUGCUUGGAAGACCCACCUCUCGAGACACCAGAUAAUCCACACUGGGGAGAAGCCGUAUCAGUGCUUGGAGUGUGGGAAAUGCUUUGGUCAGAUUGCCUAUCUCAAGUCACACCAGAUAAUCCACACUGGGGAGAAGCCAUACCAAUGCUCCGAAUGUGGGAAAAGCUUCAACUCCAGCACCCACUUGCUUAGACAUCAGAAGAUUCACCAGGGAGAGAAGCCAUACCAUUGCCCGGAUUGCAGCAAAAGUUUCGCUGAUGAGUUGAGCUUCAUGAAGCACCAAAGAGUGCACAUGGGGGAGACGCCCUAUAAAUGUACAGAGUGCGGAAAGGGUUUCAGCCACCCAAGAAACCUUAGAACUCAUCAACGGAUACACACGGGAGAGAAGCCAUAUACUUGCCCCGAAUGUGGCAAAAGUUUCACAGCUGAGUCCACCCUCAUCAGACAUAAGAGAAUCCACACCGGAGAGAAACCAUACAUUUGUUCAGAGUGCGGAAAGAGCUUCAGUCAAAGUAACAGCCUGACUUUACAUCAGAGAAUCCAUGCCAAGUGAAGCUGCCACACAAAAAUCAGCUGUGUUAGUUUUUCCCCCCAAUCCAAAGAACAGUCUAGUGGCAGUUCACACUAGGACUGCCAAAAGUCAGAAGCAAUUUGAGGGAAUACAACAAUUUAAAAAAUACUAAUUAAUUGUACAAGAGGAGGAGGGGGAAGACUAGGACACUUUAACCCAUUGGAACGCUGGCUAAUGUAAUUGCAUCUUAAUUGCUUUUAGGAUAUGUGUUGUAAUGUUGUGCUCAUGUUUUAGUUGACUAUGUCUUAUUGGAUUAUUUUUUAUUAUUUUCAUCCCCAUGCUUAAUUUUUUGUUGCAAGUUUACUAUUGUUACUGUGCAUUAUCUUGUAUAAUUUUGAUGUGUUGGUCCUCAUUUGAGGCACUGAAUGUCUUCCUUUUUGCUUUGUGCCUGUAAACAACCUGGAGAGAGAGGGUGGUCUAGAAAUAAAGUUUUUAAAUUAUUAUUAUAUUAAAGUAUCCAUACAUGCAAA